GCGGAAGAAGCCGCUUAGAAUGUUAACGACGAACGACGCUCACGGUGCUCGCGCAAUCCUCGUCUCCUCCCAGCCCGGCAAUCCGAUCGCGUCGAGCGGUGCGAUCCCUGGCAAUUUAAGAUCUCUCCCAAGGACCGCCAAACUGAACACAACGUACGGCAUCGAUAGUUACGCGGAUGCAGUCUGCACACUCGCACGGAUGAAGCGACUGAGGAACAGGAAAGUAAAUGGAAUAUCGAAAAUGGAUCUCAAGAGGAAGCCGACGGAUUACAUGGAGUUGGCGUACAGAGAAGCGAUCUCGAAGCUAAAGUAUCUGUUGAAUGAAUCUUACAUCGGGCCGACGGGCAUGUCCGGAACAAAGUCGCAAAGCAUUUGGCACGUGUACAAAGGCAGCAACGCGCGCGUCAGCGAGUCGGGCGAGGACACGGAUGACCCGAGCAUGACCAGCGGUAGUCUUCGUAAUCUUCGCAGCAGGAAGGAGCUUGCCGAAAACCUCGCGAUGUCGCACACCCUCUCUCACCGAUUCUCGAAAACGGUCCAUCCGUCAAAAGCGUACAAUAAUAUAGCGUUAUUGAGGGCCGAUCUUCAAUCCGUCCCUCCAGAGUUGACGUCCUUCAUCGAACGACAGGAGGACUAUAUCGAGCAACUGGAACGAGAGUCUCAAUAUUGCAGAGACGAACUGAUGAAUCUGUUGGGCAGGGUCAAAGAGGUCGUGGCUGAAAACGAUGCGUUACACAGCAAGAACCACGGCGCGUUGUCCAAGUGCAUUCUGCAGAAUCACAAAGACUGCCGCGAGUGUAGCAACAGGCAGGACGCAAACGGCCAGAUUUCUGACAAUUCCGACAGCAAGAGACCACGAGAGAGGCCUUUUGCGAGAGAGGGGCCCAGUAUAAUGCUCGAGUCGCGAAUCAGCGAGUUGGAGGCACAAUUGACGCAGACCAAGCUGGAAUUACGGAAAGCGCAGGAGGAAAAUCAAACAAACUUGAAACGCUUGUCGGAGGGUACUUGGAGCGAGGGUGGUAUCGCCGAGCUGAAGGCUGAAUUGGACAAGGCUCUGCGCGCCAAGUACGAGGCCGAGAUGAAGCUGGACGAGCUGCAGAAGCUCCUGUCAGCCGCGAGGGACAAGGAGACCGAGGCGACGCAGCGAGCGAGGCGAUCUAUCGACGACAGACACCAGGUCGAGUUCGAGAGAGGUCAGAGCGAGAUGGAGAUUCGAAGAUUGAAGGACGAGUUGGAGAGACAGCACGAGAAGCUGCGAGAGGCCGCCCAGGAAACGAACAGACGCAUAACGGAGGAUCGGCAACAAGCGGAGCGUCGGUGCAAUCAGCAAAUCGAACAGCUCACUGCGGACGUCGCGUCUCACUGGGAAACCGCCAACAAGUCUCAAUUGGAAUCUGAAAAGUUGCGACGGGAGAACAACGAGCUGCGGCGCGAGUCGGCUCAGAAACAGUCGGCCAUGGACAAUCUGAAGAAGGAGCUGCAAAGCAAAAUAUCCACCCUACAAAGCGAUCUGAGUCAAGCGCUGAGCGAGAAGGACGCGGCGGAACAGGAAGUGUUAACCGGCAAGCUGACGGCCGAGCGAAACGAGAGGCAGGCACGUCAGGAACAAAGUAGGCUGCAGGCUGAAGUAAAUUCGUACAAGCAGCGUCUGGAAAGAGCGGACGCUGACCUAGUACACUGCAGACGGGAGAAUCUGAGAUUGUCGGAGCAAAUAGCGUCCUUGGAGAAAGAGAUCAGUAUGAGUAAAAUUGCGCAUCCCGAGGAGAGUCGUGAGCAGAUUACGCCUAGACUGGAGAACGAGAAGCAAUUGAGUUCCAUGAUAAUGGACAUGCAGACGAAGCAUGCUGCCACGGUGGCGGGCCUGGAAGACGCUCUGAAUAAUCAGGCCACGCUCGUCUCGAGACUGACUGCCGAAUGCCAAUCUCUCACACAGCGUUUGGAAGCUAACAAUCUUAAGCACAAGAAAGAAAUGGCCGACCUACAAAGCAACGUAAAACACUUGUCAAAUAAAAUACAGGGCACUCUCGCGAGUGACGAAGGAGGAAUUUCUGUGGAAAUGCACAAUGCUAAUGAAAUUAACGAUCGUUACGACAACUCGACGACAGGUGCGUGGUACGCGGAUGGAUCAGCGAUCGAUGAGACCAAUGCUCGAGUCGCUGACAGCGCGAAUGAUGACCAGCGAGCAAUGGACUCGGAGACGUCCAAGCGAAACGAUCAACCGCGCCAGAAUUUCUAUGAUAUGUCGAGCGGUCAGACGCGGAGUGUCAUUACGGAGGAGGACGAGCCUGCACGAGCGAGCGAUACGAUGGAGAUCACAGGAAGGUAUACCGGCCAGGAAGGAGACGCUUCAGCGUACACGAUGGACGUAGAUCCAAACACGUAUAUGGUGGAGCAGGAAUAUGACCAAUAUAACGAGUACGAUCCGUCGCGGUAUCAGCAGGAGCAGUACGUCGACGAUGAUCGGUUCAAUGAGCUAGCGGAAGAGGAACAACCAGAGGACAACCGAACCAUCUUGAACACUGGUGCAUCCGACACUCUGCAGUAACGUGUUCUUUGUAUCACCAAUACGAUAUUAACGAUAUUACCGAGAUACAUGCGCAUUUACAUAUAUAUAUAUAUAUAUAUAUAUAUAUAUAUAUAUCAAUUAGUCACGAAUAUGAUACAUGUAUGCACGAAGAACAUAGAAAAAUAACAUAGAAAUUGAAUUCCUCUAUAACCUUACAAUCUGCUUUUUCGCGAUUUACGCAUAAAGACGCAACACGCAUAUACACGUAUGAUUAUAUCAAGUUGAAUUAAAUUGAGAAUGCAAAAAUU